UAAAUAUUCUAAUUAAAAUAUGAGCGAAAAUCCUAUUGAAGUAUUUAAAGAAGAUAUGGAAAACGAAGAAGUAUAUUUAAGAGUGAAUGCCAUGCAUAGAGUUCGAAUUAUUUGCACAUUAAUUGGAGUAGAUCAAAUUAAAUCUUAAUUGCUACCUUACUUAGAUUCCCUGUUGAAGAAAGAUGAUGACGAAGUGUUAUUCGCCAUGGCUGAAGAACUGGGCAAUAUAGCGGAAAUAAUUCCUAAUUAGUCUUCUUGUUUGCUCAAUCUAUUGGAAAAAUUAGCAAGCUUUGAUGAAACAGUUGUAAGGGAACAAGCAGUUAAAUCUAUAUCAUUUGUCUGUCAAUUUUUGAGUGAUCUUGAGAUUGUAAAUGUAAUUGUCCCAAUGUGGUUAAGAUUAGCAUAAAAUGAUACAAUUUUCACAUGUAGAAUAUCUGCUAUCAAUAUAAUGUCUCCAAUAUAUGCAAGAGCAGGAACUUAACAAGAAAAUAUGAGAUUACAAUUCGCUGAAUUAUGUAAGGAAGACGCUAUAAUGGUUAGAAGAGCAGUUGCUAGUAAAAUAGGAGAAAUCGCACAGUCAAUGGAAAAAUCUCAUGUUGUUGGAGACCUACUUCCAGCAGUUAAAGAUCUUUGUUAUGAUGAAUAAGACUCUGUUAGAUUAUUAUGUGCUCAAAGUUUAAUGAGUAUUUCACAAAUGUUAAAUUUCAAUGAAAUCAAAGCAUAUAUACUCCCUUUAAUUAUUUUAUAAGCUGAAGAUAAAUCUUGGAAGGUUCGAAUGGCUUUGGCUUAAAUUUUUACAGAUUUAGCCAUAGCAGUCGGCAAGGACAUUACUGAUUUUUAACUAAUUCCGAUCUUUUCAAAUUUAUUAAAGGAUACUCAAUGCGAUGUUAGACUUGUGGCAGUGAAAAGUUUGCUGAGAUUUAUAAAAUUCAUAUCUCCAGAAAAGUUAAAUUUAAUAGUUCCAAAUUUAUAAAUUUUAUCUGAAGAUUCGUUUUGUUAAGUGAAAUAAAAUGUUUGCGAGGUAAUUGGAUAGAUAGCUAAUUUAUUACCAAAAGAAUAUUGUUAGAAUAAAUUACAAAAAUGCUUAUUUGAAUUAAUGAGCGAUGAAAAUACUGAGGUUAGAAGAAAUGCAAUUAAAUCUGCUGGAAUUUUUGUUAUUGCAAUUGGAUUUGAAGAGCUAAAUUAAUUUAUACCUCAUCUAAAGAAAUCUAUGAUUGAUCCUAAAUGGAGAGUAAGGAAGGAGACAAUUAAAACUAUUAUUUAAUUAGCCUUGUCCGUUAAGCAAUUAGAUACUUUCACUUAGUAAUUGGAAUAAGCAUUUUUAUUGUUUCUGAGAGAUAGAGCUGCUGAAGUCAGAUCUAUUGGAUUAAGCUACUUAUCGGAAUUGAUUGCAGUAUAUAAAUAGGAAUGGGCUUUGGGUAGUUUUCUUUAAAAAUGUGUGGAAAUUCUAGAAAAAGAUAAUGGGUGUUUUUUCCGAAUAAAUGCUCUUUAUGCAAUUCAACAAAUUUCAUUUGCUGUUGAGAGUCAUCAGGUUGAAUAAAGAUUAUGGCCAAUUGUAUAGAAAUACUUAAAGGAUCCGAUUCCAAAUAUAAGAUUUGUAUGUUUGAAAGUUGCUAAGUCUUUAAUGAAGAAGAUUGAGAAUUAAGAUGUGUUGAUUUAAAUAAAAUAAUCUUUAAAUGAGAUGUUAGAUGAUCCAGAUAGGGAUGUCAAGUUCUAUGUUUAAGAAGCCUUACAAUAUUGA